AUGGACUCAUCUUAUCAAUACGCUUCGCCGACCCCAAGCCGUCCGACCCUUUCAAUGGGCAAUGACGCCAACUCUGAAGGGAACAUGCCCAAUCUUGACGCUCUGCUACAGCAGUAUCAAGGAGGUGACGGUUCCCAGGGUACGGACCACCAGCAGUCAUACCUUGAUAUCACAGGCGACCCAUUCAGGGAGGUAAUGAUGUUCGAUAGGUUUGAUAGACCUUCGCAGCUCAAUCCCUCGAUGGGUGGCAGGCCAGCGGCAGGUAUCUCGAGGCAACAAUACGCAUCUGCUUCUGGAGGGUACCACAUGUUGGGCGGAGCGGGUUUUGGUGCCGGCGAUAAUGUCUCUGUGCCGCUGUCGUUCUUGCAGGCGCUCAAUGAUCGUGUCAAGGCCAAUAGUGACAACAUUAAGACACUCACUGAAGAGAACAAGGCCAUUCGUGCUGUGGCGGAAGCGGCGGCGGCAGAGGCAAAGGCAGCAAAGGUUGCGCUGGAAGAAGCUCAGACGUCCGAGGAGGGAAAGGUCGGUGGAAAGACGGAGAAGAAGAAAGGGAAGAAUACUGCGCGGGCCACUGUCAUUGAAAGUCUUGUUCACCCAGCGUGGCUCAAAACGAUAGGAUGCCCAGCUCGAGGCAAGAACCCUAGGAACCUGGAACUUCCUAGCGCUCGCGAGGAUGGGUCCGUUGAACCAUUAGAGGAGGGCGGUUCGUGGGGCAUCGACUUCUCCGUGGGUGCCAACGAGGGCAACAACACAAAGACCUUUGAUCACGUUAUAGCUAUCCUUGAUCAAAAUAAGGAGAAAGAGUGGUUAGCGUUGGCCGACAAAGAUAAGAGAGCGGCAGUCACUACUUACUACAACCAUUUGGCACACCGCUGGCGCACGCAAACCGACCCAGCUCGGAUGGCUAAGGAGGAGCAGCGUAGGUUCAACCACAUGAUGAACCAGCGCCGUGACCGUUGGGUUGAACAAUUGGGCGAAGCUAUGCCUGCUCUUAUCAACUAUAUCAGUGAGAAGUAUGGCCGCGACUACACGCACGGUCUUGAACUCGUUCUUCUGGAGAGCAAGUGGUAUGGCUUGGCAUACGGCGAUUAUGGGAAGGCCACGGCAGAAGACUGGAAUGCGCGUAAGGUUGCUUGCGGGGGUGGACUUGAGGUACCUGGUUGGGAAGUGCGGGAGUAUGCUUGGAAGUCUGAGAAGCUCAUCCAGCUUCAGGCGCUUCUCAUCAAGCUACGUCGCCAGCAGGGCAAGAUGAAGAACAAUAACUUCAUGUUUCCGGGUUUGGCGGUCAACAUCAUGCAAGGCUCUCCGGAGAAGACGGACAAAAACCCGGUAGUGUAUAAGGAACUGGUGAGCAGCGCAUGGAUUGAGGAGACUGCAUGUUUGGAGACGUUCGCGGAAACUACCGACGCUGUCUCCUGUCUCCGUCUGGAUCUUAAGGAUGAGUUUUCUGAGGCGCUGGACCGUGUGUGGCUUGGUCAAGAGAUGUCGUCUGUAUGA